AUGCCUGGCGAAAAUUGUGCGUUUUAUGGCUGUCCAACGAGCCGAAAACAUGGAAUUUCGCUGUUUAAAAUACCGUCCGCUCGCGCAGACGAAAGCAAGGAAAUGUCUGAUUUGAAAAACAACACGAGACAAGCUUGGUUAAAUUUAAUUCUAAGAACCCGAGAAUCAACGCCAGAAUUGAAGAAAAGUAUAGAGGCAAAGAACAUCUACAUUUGUGAAAGACACUUCAAACCUGAAUGCAUUCUAACAUGUGAGUAUUAUUGUUUGCAUUUCGUGCGUCUUGUUAUAUUUACACUCGUGAUUGACUAGAACAAAGGGCUAUUCAUGCAUAUAAAAAUUUGCUCAUUGCUGUAUCUAAAUUUACUUUAAGAUCCAAAAAGAAAGGUCUUAGUAACUGGAAGCAAUCCCACUGAGAACUUGCCGACCAAAAGUCAUGACAAAGUUACGAAAGAGCGUCGAACUUUGGUGAGGGCCAGUGUUGCUGACACGCCAUCAACGUCCUCAUCCGAUGUAUCGCCGACAUUAACGCUCGAAGAUCUUCAGAAAUAUAUGAUCGGAAAGCAUAUUUUACCCUGGACGGUGAAAGCUCGUAACGAGGAAGGCGCGAAGUUCGAGUACUACGACGAGUCCCAUAGCAUCCCAAAAUUUACAAUAGGUGUAAAUGAAAGGUUAGAAUUUACUGUAUAUGUAUACAACUGGCCAAUUCCAGACAACCACAGUAUAUACCAAUUAGAAAGAAAGAAAUGCCUCAAAACCUUGGACGAUGCCAUAGAAAUGCUAAAGUUUGUCACAAAUUCUAACCUUUGUGAAAGCUUACCACAAGAUCAUGAUGUUGUUAGAACUGUAGCAGUUGAUCCAACUUGGAAUGAAAAGUUGUCCCACUUCACUCAGUCCACUGUUAUUCGACAUUCUGUUCCCAAAUCGAUUUGUGAUACCCAUUUUCAGUCAGAUGUGACAUUUCGUUCCCCAAAUUGCAAUGUUAUUUUGGACAACAUUUCAAAAGAACAGUGCAAACCAUGCUCCAUGACCAGUAGUACCUUAAAGAAAUCAGAAGCUAGAAAGAGAAAGGUUUCCUCAGUCCCAGCAAAAAGUAAAGCCUCUCUUGCUGCCUGUGGCCCAGAAAAGCUGGUAGCAACUGUUAAAGCGUCCCGCAUACAGUGCAAGCAGUUGGAGGACAAAGUCAGACUGCUGGAGGAAAGAAUUGAAAAAGACGGGGUAGGAAUUAGUGAUGCUCUUGAAAAUGACAUUCUAAAAAUUAUGGGAGGACAGAAUCUAGAAUGUACUCCUCACAUGAAGUUUUUUUGGGAGCAGCAGAUGAAACUGUUGCAAACUCGAAAAAUGGGAAGACGAUACCACCCACAAGUUAUUCGCUUUGCAUUGUCUUUGCAUGGCAAGUCUGCAGCUGCGUACAGAGAAUUACAAGAGAGUGGAGCUUUGAUUUUGCCCAGUGAGAGAGUUCUUCGUGAUUACAAGAACUAUUUUAAGCCUAAAGCUGGCAUAAAUUUGGAGAACAUUGAGUCUUUACGUGAGAAAGCUGCCGCAUUAACAGGCAUUCAACGAUAUCUGGUGUUGGUGAUGGAUGAGAUGAAAAUCCAGUUUAACCUCGUCUUUGACAAGUAUUCUGGUGAGUUGAUUGGGUUUGUUGAUCUUGGGGACCCAAUGACUAAUUAUGCCAGCCUCGGUGAAGAAGAUGUAAUGGCAACUCAUGCACUUGCAUUUUUGGUAAGAGGAAUGUGCAGUGACAUCAACCAUGUCAUCGCAUAUUAUUUUACCGAAAAUGUUACCUCCAACCAGAUAAUGUCCAUGUUCUGGAAAGUUGUAGGAGUGCUUGAGUUGUCAUUAAACCUCUGGGUCAUUGCCGCAGUCAACGAUGGAGCAUCCCCUAAUCGUAAGUUCUUUGAACUCCAUUCCCAGUAUGUGAAUGACUCGGACUGUGAUGUUGUUUACAAGGUAAACAAUAUUUUUGCCACAACUCGCUUCAUCUACUUUUUUGCUGAUGCCUGCCAUUUAAUGAAGACUGCCCGGAAUUGCUUAUACAACUCGGGUUCAGGUUCUUGCAGUCGUCUGAUGUGGAACAAUGGCAGAUACCUGAUGUUCAAACACAUUGCUGACCUUUUCUACAGUGACCAGGAAUUUGCCUUGCACACAUUGCCAAAGCUGUCACUGGAUCAUAUAGUCCUCACUUCAUACAGCAAAAUGAAGGUGAAGUUAGCAACGCAAGUUCUUAGUCAGUCGGUUGCAACAGCAUUGGAAGAAAAAGAUGACGAGGAUGUUCUUGGUACAGCUGAAUUUUGUAAGAUGAUGAAUGAUUUCUUCGACUGCACAAAUGUUAGGUCAUUGACUGAGCAUGUUAGAAGAAGAAAUCAUUUCAUCAAACCUUACACUUCCCAAGAUGAUGAGAGAUUUGCUUGGUUGAAGGAUGUCUUCCUGCAAUAUUUGGAAAAGUGGAGAGAGAGCAUCAUGCAACGAGAGGGAGUCUACACUGCUGAUGAAAGGGGUAAGAUGUUUCUUUCGCUACAAACUUACAAAGGCCUCACGAUUUAUGUCCACUCACACAUUGAGGCUAUUCAGUUUUUGCUUGCUGAAGGGUUCAAGUAUGUAUUGAGUGAGCGUUUUAUGCAAGAUGUGCUGGAAGAUUACUUCGGACACCAGAGAGCAAAAGGUGGACGUGCAGACAACCCAACGGCACAGCAGUUUGGGUACAAUGACUUGACCAUUGCGGCCCAGAGAGAUAUUGCCCCCAGUAUUGAGAGGCAAUGUUGGUGGAAGAUACGAGAAGCAGAAGUGGAGUCAAGUCAGUGA